CUCCUAGCUUGAGCCUAGUUGUUGGGGUUCCCGGUAGAAGCACGGUACUCACUCAGCCUCAGGGCUGCGCAGGGCUUAUUGCUUGAUUGCAAAACCUUCAUGACUAUACCCGGUGUUUCACGGUAUACGAAUAGGCUCUGCUACUGCCAAUUGUACGAGCGACAAAUACUGCUGUUCAUUCUCGUAGACCCAUCUCUUCCAUACUCGACCAAGUCAAAUUUAUUUCCUCCGCCCAAAUCUCGAUACUUCCUUCAUCAAGAUGCUCAAACUCCACUUUGGCGUCAUGCUCUUCGCCACCAUGGCCGCAGCUGACAGAACCUUUCAGAGACCUCCUAUAUACUUUGGUGGUUGCGACUACUCUCCUCUCGGCCGGGACCAGGCAUACUAUAACUGCGACUGGUACGGCACAAAACCAGGGCAAGGGGGGCAACCGGAAUGUGAGGCGGUUAUAAGAGAUCAAGGCGGUUGUGCCUGGCCUUGCAAACGAGCAGGAAGAUCUGGGGAGUCGGCGGACUGGAACUAUCUCGCUGUGGCAGAAAAUGAUGGACAAAACAUUUGCAGAUGUCGAUGCAAACUGAAGUAGAAAGGACACACCAGGGUGUGGCAAUGGACGUGAUAGGGAUCGAUCAUUCGGACCAGAGUGCCUCCUAGUAGUAGCAGAUACCGGCUAUCCCUACCUACCUAGGAAGCCCUUAACGAUCACGAUCCGUCCCGGGAGCUCAAAUUUCUCCAAGACUCGGCGAUGGUCUUCGAUACCUUUUACCUACCUACCUACCUAUACUCUACCAGAUGUUAUCCGUUUUUGAAGCCAGUUAUACACUCGGACAAUCGGGCAGUCUAGUGUUUGACUCCAUGGCAU